AUGGAAAAAGGUGAUACCGACUUCGCAACUGUCAUCCGGACUCGCACCAGUCUCAACGCCAUCAACCCUACCCUGAUUCGCUUUUACUGGCAGGAAAUGUUAGAAGCUGUGAAAGAGAUUCAUGACAAGAAUGUGAUUCAUACAGAUCUGAAACCGGCUAACUUUCUUUUGGUCAAUGGAGGCUUAAAGUUGAUCGACUUCGGUAUUGCCACUUCUAUCCAGGCCGACAUGACGUCGAUAAUGAAGGACAGCCAGUGCGGUACAUACAAUUACAUGGCACCAGAAGCAAUCAAAUCUGCUACGCCUUCUGGAACGUCCCAAGAGUAUAAGAACCCACCUUUUAGCAAGUUCAGGGACACGAUCGAGAAAAUCAGUGCCAUCGUUGAUGAGCGUCAUGUUAUAGACUUUCCUUUGACGGCUGAUCCGAUGGUUAUAGCAGUUCUAAAAGGCUGUCACGAUCGCAAUCCGCGCAAUCGACCAUCAAUUGAGCAGCUUUUAUCUCAUCCAUAUUUGACAUGUACAAGUCAGUCUCCGGUCCAAUCCUCGAAGAACAUUCCCCCUCAGCUGCGUAUUCAGCUUGAAUUUCUACUAGAAGGUGGUCAACUCACUGAGGAAGUCAAGAGUCUACAACAAGCCUUGGCCCUUGAAGCUAAAUUCCAACCAAAGCUUCAACUUCUGUCAACAGCCAGCAAUACAGGAGAAAGCAGUGAAAUUACGUGUGCAAUGAGGGAUGGAGCUGCUCAUGUUCUUCGCUGCUUGAAAGAAAAAUUUGUGUUGGUUUGA